AUGUUCGGUGAAUCAAGUGGAAGUAAGAGAUCAAGAACAAGUAACGAACAAUGGAUGAUGAGUAUGUUUUCAUGACAUCGGGGGUGAAACAUAAUGAAUUAGAAGUUCAACCAUGAUGGUAAUGAUUGGCAAAGACAAUGUAGAUUUCAUUGUGGACAUUGGUGUAACAGUUAAUUUAAUGGAAUAAUCUGACUAUCUGUGCUUAAAGAUGUCGCCCUGCAAAAGUCAUCAACGAAAAUAUUCUCGUAUGACAGUGAAGUCCCUCUGAAGAUUCUUGGUAAGUUUGAAACCGUUAUAGAAACACAUGAAAAAAUUACCUGUGCAGAAUUCUACGUGUUCAGAAAGGCGGGUGGAUCUUUGAUGUGUUACAAAACAGCCCACGAACUAGGAGUAGUUACAGUGGUGAACAAUGCAUGAUGCAGACUCCGCUGUUCCACCACCAUUUGUGAACAAAUACAAAGAUUUUUUAGCGGAAUUGGGAAAAUGAAAAUCUACCAAGUAAAGUUACAUAUUGACAAAACUGUUAAACCAGUCGCCCAACCCCAUAGAAUAAUACCAUUUCAUGUACGUAAACAAGUUGAAUCAAAGCUUAAGGAAAUGGAAGAUGCAGAUAUUAUAGAAAGGGUAGAAGGUCCCACAUCUUGGGUGUCCCCAAUUGUAGUCAUCCCCAAACCGCAUAAUCCACAAGAAGUACGUAUUUGUGUGGACAUGAGGCAACCGAUGAUAUAUGACAAUCGAUGAUAUAAUUUCUGAAUUAGGGCAAGCUAAAGUGUUCUUAAAAUUGGACCUAAAUCAGGGAUAUCAUCAGUUAGAGUUAGCACCAGAAUCUUGCUAUAUUACAACAUUUAGUACCCAUGUUGGUCUAAGGCAUUAUAAACGACUAAAUGUUGGUGUCAAUUCUGCUGCCGAAAUAUUUCAAGAAGCAAUACGAAGUGUAAUUGAAGGCGUUCUGGGGUCGUUGAACAUUAGGGAUGAUAUAAUCGUGUAUGGUUCAAUGCAGGAUGAACAUGAUGAACACCUGGAAAGCGUCUUAGAGCAUUUGCAUCAGAAUAAUUGA